ACUAAGGCUUAUUCACUUCACACCCCUGUGUUACCACAUGUGCCCGCCAGAUGGAGCUAAAACACGACGAAGCGAUUUGGACCCGCUGGUGACGUCAGUGUGAGGCAGGUGUGCGACGCUCAGGUACAUCGCGGGGAAUGGAAACCAGACACUUUUAAUAUUGCGGGAAACGGCAGCUCUGUAUUUAUAUUAGGAUCCGGAUCUAAAUCUGUAUUUACUGUUUUCAUUUCCCCCCAGUUUUAGUCAACAGAGCAGAUUCAAACACUGCUAUAGAGGUAAGGUGGUUUACAUGCACAUGUGUAAUGCAAAAAGUGGAGGAAAAUAAAGAUCAUCUGCCAGAUUACCAACAACCUUUGAUGCACCAACAUGCCAUCUAACAUUUAGAGAUAAUUUGACUGUGGAGGCAGCAAAUUUUUUUAUUUUUUUAUUUAUUUAUUUUUUUUGUUUACAAUAUAUCUUGUCAAACCUCUUGGACAUAGACAUAUUGAGACAGCAUAUAACCAAGUAUCAAAUUUUAAGCUGAUGACUGGGAUGAAAUUCCUGCUGAUUUAAGAGAUUUACACAUGCAUUUUCAUACUACCCCCAGAGCAUAUUUCCUGUAAGAGUAUGAUCAUCUGCUUUCAGUUUUGGAGUAUAAAUUCUGAUCAUAACCAGCUGCAACAGAAACAGCACAGACAUCACCAUGAGCACUUGUCCUAGCUUAAAGUACAUUUGUAAAAGACUGUGGCUCAGUAUCAGCACAAAUGGAGUUAAGGCAGCUCAACGGUAUUUCUGAAAAUAUGUAAUUACCAACAAACCUAUGGUGAAGAAACACAGAUGAAAUAAAAGACUGUGGCUCAGGAUCCGCACAAAUGGAGUUAAAGCAGCUCAAAGAUGAUUUUCGUGAAUUUUUGAAAAAACUGGGACUUGAAAAGUACUACCCAAACAAGCUGACUCAGAGGUCUUUGCUGGAGAUCAACAGUGCCAGUGUAUCUGAUGAAGAGGUUCACUCACUACAAGCCUUACCAUGGGCUUUCCUACGCAAAUUACUGAUGGUUAAUUCAAAUUCAAGAUCUUUAUGUGUACCUGGUGAAAAUAAUAAAACAGAUGACUUGUUUGCUGAGUGGAGCUUUGACGCUACCCCAAAUCUUCUAGAUCUCCACACUGCCCUCUUUGUCUGUGCAGACAGUUUCCUUCAGCAAGAAAUGGCACUUAAAAUGUCAAUGUGCCAGUUUGCAGUACCCUUUCUGUUACCUCAAGGAGUACAUAAUCAAAGCACUCUUAUGUUAUGGGCUCUUAGAGGUAUCCUGAAAGAAUGGCGUCCCCAUUCAAUGUCAGAAUCUAAAGGGUUUGUUGAAGACAGUGUUGUUCAUGCAAAAAUUCCCUUGAUAUCGUUUGUGAGGCUAAGCAACUGCAGUUUGUCCAAGUCACAGAUUUUGAACCAAGUGCUCAAUAAGUCACAGCAGCACCAUGACUUCUUUUCACAUCGAGAAAUGAUUGGAGGAUCUGCUCGAAGGGUAAUCAGUAAUGGGCUGGUUGAAAUAUGCUGGAAUCUGCCGUGUGGAAACAAUAGCAUCGAUGUAUUUCCUGAACCAGUGGCUAUUGCUAAUUUAAGAGGAGAUGUUUGCACAUUUGAAACACAAUUCAGUUUCCUUGCUCAGGUGUCAACAGCUGUCUUUGUGUUCCUAGACAGUGUUGAAGAAAUGGAACACAGGUUGUUUGCCUCUUUACAAGGAAUGAAAACCAAUGUCUUUCUUGUGGUUAAUGCUCAGAAAAAUAUGAGCCAGAAUGUGAAGUCAUCUAUCAAAGCAGCAGUUGAUACUCUGAAAUUGGAAAAAAAUCACACCAUUGUGAAAAGCCAAACAGUGAAUAUGGCUAAUUUCUCAAAUAUGAUCAGUUCUGCCAUUAACAAAGUGCUAAGUGAGAAUCACAGAUCAUCAAUCACAGAAAUUGAGAGUAUGAAGAGAACUGCUCAGGAAUUAGGUCUUUGCAUUGAUGAAUGUGAAAACAGAGCCUGUGGAUCAGCAGAGGAAAGAGCAGAGAAAAUUAUGAAAAGUAUUGGAGUUCGUCAAAUAGUGGAAUAUAAAAAGACACGGCUGCCACUGCAAGGUGAAAAUUGGAAAAGACUGGCUCAGAUAGAAAAAGAGCAAUGCCGAUUACAACAACCAGGAGGGUUGACUUUGGAGGAGUAUAAGGUCAAACUUCAAAAAGACAAAGAUGACAUUUGGAAGAAACAAAGCAACUAUAAAUUGACAGAAACAAUGGACAUCUUAAUAAAGGCAUUAUCAAACUCUGAUGACAUUGAGCGAGCCUUUUUUCUCAGAUGGCUGGGACUAAAACUGGACAUGCGAUCGCGCAAAGACAUGUCAAACCUACGGAAAGAAUAUUCAAAGUGUGAACAACAAAAGGACAGAGAUGGUAUAGUUCGAAUAGACCAGGAGCUUCUUGAUUGUUCUCUUGGAAUAGAGCACUACAUGAGAGAAAUGGGACAAAUCUAUGAGGUUGCUUCAUUUGGUUCAACUAAAAAGUCUGACAGAAUAAGCAGUCUCCCUACUCUGGCUGCCAAAAUGCUUCUAGCUGGGUUUCCUCUUGAACUACUUGAUGGAGAUGCAUCAAAUAUCCCAGAGAAAUGGGUGAGUGAUGUUCUCAUGGAGCUUCACAGGAUGGUUGGCCAGAAGAGCCGUUUGCUGGUUAUCACUGUGUUAGGGGUUCAGAGUACAGGUAAAUCAACACUACUCAACACUAUGUUUGGAGUUCAGUUUGCAGUGAGCAGUGGACGAUGCACACGUGGAGCAUUCAUGAUUUUCCUUCCUGUGGGUAAAGACUUGAAGGAGGAGUUACUUUGUGACUUUGUCCUUCUGAUUGAUACAGAGGGUUUGAAAUCACCAGCACUGGCACAACUGGAUGACAGUUAUGAACAUGACAAUGAAUUGGCCACAUUUGUGAUUGGUCUGAGUGAUGUAACCAUCAUCAAUGUAGCAAUGGAGAAUUCCACAGAGAUGAAGGACAUCUUGCAGAUAGCAGUUCAUGCUUUUUUACGGAUGAAGGAAGUUGGUAAAAAAACAGUCUGCCACUUUGUCCACCAAAAUGUUGCUGGUGUAUCUGCAUAUGACAAAAACAUGACAGACCGAAAAAAGCUCCUGGACCAACUCAACGAGAUGACAGUGAUUGCAGCUGAAAUGGAAAAGCAGCCUAAUGUGAAGAAAUUCACAGAUGUCUUGGAUUAUGAUGUGGAAAAGAAUAACUGGUAUAUACCAGGCCUAUGGCAUGGCACACCACCAAUGGCACCAAUUAAUACAGGCUACAGUGUAGCUGUUUUGCAUUUUAAGAAAAAACUCUUGGAGAUGCUUAAAGUGAGAAAAGAUGAACAACCCUCCCAGAUCCCAGAGUUCCUGCAGUGGAUUAGUAGCUUGUGGAAGGCAGUGAAGUUUGAGAACUUUAUAUUUAGUUUCAGAAACACUCUAGUGGCCCAUGCCUAUGAUAACCUUUGCAGAGUGUUUUCUGAAUGGGAGUGGUCUUUCAGAAGACAUAUCCUCGCUUUGUUUGCUAGUGCAGAAGUUCAAAUAUCUAACGCUGAAAGCAGCAGUAUUGAUGAGGUUGUUGAGGCACUUCAAAAUAAUUCACAUAAGGAGAUUGCAGUUCAAACAAAAGAAAUUACUGAGAAAUUGAAAGUCUACUACAAAAGGAAAGACUGUAAUGUGCAUUUAGUGGAAAAGUACAAAGCUGAUUUUACCAAUAGUAUUAAAUCUCUGGAGACUGACAUGAAGCAUGAAGUGAGAAAGAAAUUAGAAGCUGCUGCUGAGAAGAGGAGAAACACGGAGAAAGUAGAAGAGAUACAAAAUAAGCAAGCUGCUAUGAUUGAGUGUCAAGUUCGGCAAUUACUUCAGAAUUACAAAGAUCGUAAUGAUGCGGUGUCUGAUGAGGACCUCACAGCUGAUUUUGAGAGAAUGUGGAAUAGAGAAGUGGCAAACAUCACUGGUCUAAAAGAAAAGGAUGUUCCUGCUGAUGUUUUGAAGCAACUGCGAGCAAGUUUAGGAAAUCGCCAUGUCAUGGAGGAUUUGCAGAACGUUAAGAGUUUGUCACAAUAUGGGCAAGAAGAUUUCAAGGCCAAGACAAAACAUUUAAACUUGGGGAAAAAUUUUGAAAAAGUAAAAAAUAUUCUUAUGAAAAAAAGUCUAAAACAAGACCUACAGAUUGUUGCAGUUGAUGUCAUUAACAGUUGUAGAAGGAUGAUUGAACAGUUCACACAAUCCAAAAGUGAUUACCAAGAGACAUUUACAAAAGAUGUGCUUGAUAAAAUUGAUGAACACCUUAAUAAAGCAGGCUCCAAAUUCAAUACCAUAUUUGAAUUUGACCUGAAAUUGCACAUUUGUGGCAUUGCCUCUCGGAAAUUCCUUGAGAUGCACAGGAAGUAUAACACUGAGCAAGAUCCAUUAAAUCAUGUACAGAAAUUUAAGAGGCAGUAUCUCUCUGAUUUCAUUGAUUUGUACAGAAAGAGGGACCAGUGCCAGAGGAAAGCACAAGACUUCACUCAGCUCUGUCUCAAACCAGCAGUGACUGAGUACAUCGACCAGUCCCUCGGACCUGACGUUGUUGAUGCAGUUUUGGAGUAUAAGUCUACUGAGUAUAGUUCACGAACGCUGUUUCAGUACACCAUCCUGAAGGAACUACUGGAAAACUCUAACUUUGAAGAUUUUACAAACUACAUUUUGUAUUAUAAGAAUUAUGUAAGAAAAUGGAUAUAUAACAAAACCAUUGAAUGCUUCUCCAAUGGCAUAUGUUUACAAAAAUUAAAAAAGAAGAAGCUAGACAUUAUAAUUAAAAAGAUCACAGAAGCAGUGGAAACUUGUAAGCUGGAAGCCAAUGGGUUUCCUUUGCCCAAUAAUGCAGAAGGUACCACAAUUCUGAUCCAGAACCUUUGCAAAGCUUUGAGCGAUGCCAUCUCAAUAUCCAUGAGCACAGUGGAGAGGGUCCUGUUUCAGAACACAAGCUGUUGUGAACCAUUCACCAAAAGUCUCUAUGAAUGUAUUGAUGACCUGAAACAGCAAAUAUCAAAGGAGAUAUCAGGGUCAAAUGAUAUAAUUGAAACACUGAAAAAUGUGGCAGUAAAACCCCAAGACGAGCUUUUCAAGAGGGUGUUUGGUUGUGGAGUGCAGUGUCCCUUUUGCAGAACACCAUGUGAGGCAGGAGGAAAGGAACAUCAGCUACACUUUGCAGCUGUGCACAGACCAAAAGGACUUAGUGCCUACAGUAAAAUAGUGACUAAUAUUCUUUCUGAAGAUAUUUGUACAUCUAGUGUACAUGGCAAUGGGGGAUUUCUAAAUCAUGAAACAAAUUUCGAACCUCAUCCAUACAAAGACUACCAGACCUACUACCCAGACUGGCAUAUCGCACCUGACAUGUCUAUACAGGCCUCAGAUUACUGGAAGUAUGUGCUGGUGACAUUCAAUACGCAAUUUGCUGAAAUGUAUGAAUCACAUCCAGCUGUGUGUCCAGAUGAAUGGAAGACAAUCACUAAAGAUCAGGCUUUUCUUAGCUUGAAGAGUGUGUUUAAUAUUCAAUAAUGGAUGAACAGCAAAUUACCUCUGCGAUUUGUGAAGUGGACAACUCUUCACUCACAGUUCCAUCACUAAUGUUAUCACUCAGGUGAAUCAGGAACUGGAGCACUAGUUAUGUCUGACAACUGAGCUUCUACUGACUUACUAUUAUCUAAAUAUAGAAUAAAUUUUACUAAAAGUGAUUUUCGGGGAUUUAAAUGGUUUCUUUUAAACAUUAUAUCUGUAUGUCUACAAUGAUAAACAUUUUUAAAAAGUGUAGGUAGGAUUGUUAUCACAUUUUGGUGAUUGGAUUAUUUCUGUGUUUGUGAUGUUAAUACAAAUGUUACAAUUAUGUUUAUUAAUCACUUGGUUACAAUUGUUACAAAUCUUUGUUAUAAAUGUUACAGUUAUGUUUAUUAAUUACUUUCUGAAAUUCAAAUGAAUGCAUUAUUCAGAACAUAUUGUAUGAAUGUAUGAGUAUAUUCAUAAACUGAAUAAACAAUUCAUACCAUAAAUAUAUCAAUCUGUCAAUCCAAAUUGGUUGCAAGGACAAAUUUUAUUCAGUGUGAUUUACAAAUAAACGAAUACAUAAUACAAUAAACUAAUAAUUUCUCAUAUUUAUUCAAUUUAACACUUCUACAAUCAUACAUACAUAUGAGCCAUUGCACUGAAUGGGUGCCAUUUCUGUCCUCAGUACAUUAUGUAUAUAAAUAUGUAUAAAAAUUAACUGAAAAAAACAUCUUAUCAAGCAAGUUUAGUGGUAAGCACACUCGCCCACCAUCCCACCGUGGCCCUGUGUGUGUGGAGUUUGCAUGUUCUCCCCGUGCUGCGGGGGUUUCCUCCGGGUACUCCGGUUUCCUCCCCCAGUCCAAAGACAUGCAUGGUAGGCUGAUUGGCGUGUCUAAAGUGUCCGUAGUGUAUGAAUGGGUGUGUGAAUGUGUAUGUGAUUGUGGUUUAACUCACCUUGUGCCCAAUGCUCCCUGGUAUAGGCUCCAGGUUCCCCAUGACCCUGAAAAGGAUAAGCGGUAUAGAAGAUGGAUGGAUGGAUGAAUAGAACUACCUAGAAUACUGAUAAAAUUUGUUACCUGUCCACACUCUCUAACACUACACUUUACUAUUAAAUAUAAUGAUUAAAAUCCUUCAGAAAGGCUUUUUUGCAUUGUUGUGUUCAUAUCUCAUCUACAGUUUAAAUAUUUUUUUCAUAAGAAAUCCAUAAUAUUUUAAUUAGAAUACACAUUUUAGUCGUGUCCUUGGGAUUUAACUCAGUCCUGUUACCUUAAAACAC